AAGACGGAAUAAUUUUGCUACUUCGGAGUUAAAUCAAUUUUAUAAAGAAUUGAGUCAGUUUAAAAGGCGAAACAAACCGAAAAAGUGUAAAAUACUGUAUAUUUUCAAUAAAUAUACCACACAAUCGUGCUUACGACCACGAGAACAAAUUUUUCUAAUUCAUAACGUGAAUACAAAGCGUACGGGCGUCAGGUCAGACGGCAGCCAAAUUAAGGAAUAAAGCUAAAAUGGUGUGAAAAUAUUGCCGGAGACCGGGUUUUUAGUGUGCAUCGGUCAUUUUUUAGCAGAGUGAUUUUGUUGAUUUCGCAUUUUCGUUUUCGAGAUUUGUUUAGUUAAGAUUCGUGUUGAUUUUAAGGAAUCCCUUCGAUUUUUCACAAUUAAUACUUUUCACAUAUAUACGAGUACAUAAACACAAGCUAAGUUAUGUCAUCAACCGCCAGCAAGCGAAAAGAAAUCUACAAGUAUCUGGCGCCAUGGCCGCUGUACUCAAUGAACUGGAGUGUACGCCCUGACAAACGAUUUCGCCUUGCACUAGGUAGUUUCAUUGAGGAAUAUAACAACAAAGUCCAAAUCAUUAGUCUCGAUGAGGACACCAGCGAAUUCAGUGCAAAGAGUACUUUCGACCAUCCAUACCCGACUACCAAAAUAAUGUGGAUACCAGAUUCUAAAGGAAUCUAUCCAGAUUUAUUAGCAACCAGCGGUGACUACUUACGUGUUUGGCGCGCCGGUGAGCCCGAUACACGGCUGGAAUGUAUUCUUAACAAUAAUAAAAAUAGUGAUUUCUGCGCUCCAUUGACAUCUUUUGACUGGAACGAAGUAGAUCCGAAUCUCGUUGGUACCUCCUCUAUUGACACGACGUGCACAAUCUGGGGCCUGGAAACAGGUCAACCCCAUGGACGAGUCUUUGUAUCCGGACAUGUAAAAACGCAAUUAAUAGCGCACGAUAAAGAGGUUUACGAUAUAGCAUUCUCACGUGCCGGCGGUGGACGCGAUAUGUUCGCAUCAGUUGGCGCCGAUGGCUCAGUUCGUAUGUUCGAUCUGAGACAUUUAGAGCAUUCGACUAUCAUAUAUGAGGAUCCCACGCAUACGGCUUUGUUACGUUUAGCCUGGAAUAAACAAGAUCCAAAUUACUUAGCUACAGUAGCGAUGGAUUCGUGUGAAGUUAUAAUUUUAGAUGUUCGUGUUCCUUGUACACCUGUUGCAAGACUGAGCAAUCACAGAGCGUGCGUCAACGGCAUUGCGUGGGCGCCGCACAGUUCCUGUCACAUAUGCACUGCCGGUGAUGAUCACCAAGCACUGAUCUGGGAUAUUCAACAAAUGCCGCGGGCAAUAGAGGAUCCAAUUUUGGCGUACACAGCCGCCGAGGGUGAAGUGAAUCAAAUACAAUGGGGUGCGACACAACCCGAUUGGAUAGCGAUUUGCUAUAAGAAAGCAUGCGAAAUUUUGCGCGUCUAGAAAAGGCAUAAGACAACGUCGAAAAUAUGCAGCAUGCGCACAUACAUCGCCACAGCUUCAGCCACAAACAUAAUCUAUAUAACGCAUAUGACGAUAAUUACAAGUAGUUACUUAUAUACUUUUAGUUUGACAUCAAAACCUUGACCACAACUACUUUGUAGUUACAACACUUUCGAAACUCGUUAAAUUCCGCAAGAAUGCGCAAUUGUAAUGUUGCGAUGUUCACUUUAUUCAAAUAUGUAAUUUGCUUGUAUAUUUUUUUUUAGUUUUUAAUACAUAUAACUUUUAAGUUUAAACUAAGUAGAGUAAAUACAAGCAAUUAACAAUUGGAAAUCGUUUUAAUUUAUGAAAAUUAAACAUUUUAAAUUUUGAAAAAAAAAAAAAAUAAAAAUUUUAAAAAUAAUAUUUGAAUAUCCGUUUAGAACUAGCGAGUGGCCAUGUGAUUGCAUAUUUUUAUUUCUUUAUUUCAUUGUUUUGUUUGCAAACCGACGUACGAAUGCAAUUCUGAAUCUGAUAAAUGUAUGUAUGUACUAAACACAUCAGUGCUGUGUGGCAGGGUGUAUAACACUAAGAAUUUUGUAAUUUACAUUUCAUUGUAUGUAUAUUUCUAACGACUACUUCACUUGAUAUACAUAUAAUGUAAUCAUACGUGCAUAAAUAAUUAUAUAGAGGUACAUGCGAGUGUAGUGACUCAAAAGCGAACAUACAUAAAUUAAACAAAAGAAACAAACAGUGGUAAAGUAAGUGACUAAACACCUAAAAUUAGCCUAGCAAUAUGAACUAUACAUUUAUAUACAUAACAUGAGCCAGAGCCACAUCAAUAGAACUGAUUAAAACUUACUAAACUAAUUAUUACUUACUUGUAAAUGCAAUAAAAGAGCAAAAUGUAA